AUGGUUCGCCGGAAGGAAGCACGUCGAACGACGACACCAGCACCGGAAGAAGGCGAGAAAAGUAGAACCGCUGCGCCCAGUGCGGCGAAACGGCGCCCUCAGCGCACCCAGAAUUCGGAAGCGGAAAGCGAUGAGGAAGAUUUGCGGGCGCAGAUGCGCAACGACGUCAAUGAUGAGGUGAAGGAUUUUUCCAUUAAGUUCCUUAUCCAAUGCGGAUUUACUGUAUUUGUGACUAGUCAGAUCGAUCAAAAUCUACUGAAUAUGGAAAUCCCUCCGUUGCCGGAGCCAGUUAUGAGUGCAGAUGGAAGUGGACAGCGACUUAUGAUAACAAGCAUCGAUGUUGAAAAUUUUAAAUCAUAUUAUGGCAAACAUGUGCUUGGUCCAUUCCAUCAUAAUUUUUCGGCAAUUAUCGGCCCAAAUGGUAGUGGUAAGAGUAAUGUGAUUGACUCGUUGCUGUUUGUAUUUGGUUAUCGUGCUUCGAAAAUUCGUUCAAAAAAGAUAAGCGUUCUCAUUCACUCAUCAGCCGGCCGCGAAAACAUUUCCAGCUGUACAGUUGGCGUAAAUUUCCAGAAAAUCAUUGACUUGGUUUGUCUUUUUUUCCACUUUGUGUAG